ACCGCUCACACUCUUCUCGCCCCACCAUAGGAGAGCGUGGCAGCAUCUCGGCCGGUCGUGUCCCCUCUUUCGUCUCAUUCAACCCAUCCCCUCCACACAGGGAACGAAAGCCGAGAACGAAGAGGGAAGAAAGCGGCUACGGUGGGGCAUCGAGGAGGAAGGAGAGAGCGAGAGCGAGCUAUCGGGCCGUCGCGCAAAAGAGCGAGAGACAAAAAACGGAAAGAGGGAAAGGUGGGAAAAGGACGGGAGAGCGAGAGAAGCCCGACUCUCGACGAGGGACGACGACUCAUGGACGGAGGGAAGGGAAGGGAAGGGAAACGCAGGGAGCUGCGUUAGCCGAGCCCCACGGACGACUCACCAUAUUUUAUUGUCGCGUUUGCCGACGCUAACCGCCGGCUCCGUGCCCGAUCGACGAAGUAGGAUGCCGACGACGACCCGUGCGGGAAGAGAAGAGAGCCACGCACGACACCCGGCGCGCUAAUACGAGAGCUACCCGCGGAACGAAUUCGCGCGCGGGUGUGCACGAGGUGGUGCGGCGAGAGCGUGUGGCAUCGGCGCUCGGCAGAGGUGGUGCCCGUACCCCCACUACACCGCGUGUCGCACCGACCUGGACCCUCCCACCCGUCUCGCCGAGGGCAAACCAUCUCGCAAAAAUCGUCCCCCUUUCCGUGGAAGGAAAAGAACCACGGCGACGACUCUGCCACUGCCACCACCACCACUACCAUCAUCACCACCACCGUCGUCGUCACCGUCACCACCACUAGACUCGGCGCGGCGAGUUUCGAGCGUUUCUCUCGUCAUCGGGCCACCACCACUAGCGCGAUACUAUCGUUACCGCCAGCGCCACCGGCACUGUGUACCCGUCGCCUCCUCCUACGACACCGCGAUCAACCGUCAUCUCGCGGAACGUGGGGUACAGGCGGCAACUUACAGACUUACCGCGGCGGACCACGCUUCGUUCGUCCGCGAGAGACAAGCAGGAGCGUGCAGGGCACACGCGGAAUCGGGCGACGCGCGCGCGAUACGGCCCACCGACCACCAGUGCUUUAAUGCCCGCUUGGUGAACGUGAAGCGAAUUCGUGUCUCUCCCGUUGACGGUCGCGUGGAAGUGAACACCAAGAUAACGAACAAACGUACAGUUGGACUGUUGUCACGUUGGCCGUUGCACGAGAAAAGGAGUCCUACGGAUACAAAGUGAGAGAGAGAGAGAGAGAGAAAGAGAGAGAGAGAGAGAGAGAAAGAGAGAGAGAGAGAGAGAGAGAGAGAGAGAGAGAGAGAGAGAAAGCAAAAGAGACGCAGGAAAACAGAAGCAAGACAUUGAAACGGAGCAAGAACAGCAACACAGUGUCCGGUCCCUGUUGCUGUUGCGUUGGCGAGCACGCGACGGAAGGAUCGACACGCGCCGCCGUCAUCAGUUCAUACUUGGCGCUUUCGCGGUGCGCGCGAUCGGUAGCGCCACGAUCGGAGGUAGCCGCGAUCGGCACGCGCGAGCGAGAGAGAGAGAGGAGGGAACAAGAAGACGCGUGCGGCAUCUCUCUUUCGCGAGCGUUCGGAGCGCGUGAUUGCGCAGGCCGCCAGGCGACCGGCUGCGUGGAAGGACCGCGAGGGAUAAAAAGAGACGGCCGGUGUGCGCGAUUCACAUCGUCCUCGCCGUUCUCCCUCAUUCCCUCAUCACUCUCUCUCUCUCUCUCACUCUCUCCCUCUCUCUCUCUUUUGCCUUCCUCUGUCCUCCUCCUUCAUUCCUCUCCUUUUUCAGCGGUGUCCCUCCGACACCCUCGCGCGCGCUCAACCUACCACUCUGCCUCUCUCUUUCUCUCUCCCUCUCGGCGAUUCCCCCCUCCCCCUGACCCGUCCCGUCCCUCUAACGCUCGCUCGUUCUCGCUCCCUCCUCCCUCUAUCCCGUUCACCCUUCUCGCUCUCCCUCACCGCGCGGCCGUCUCGCUCGCGCUCGCGAUCCGUGUACCUCCGCCUUCCUAUCCGCCGGAGCGGAGGACUGGAUUCCGUCGAAAAGAAACGACGAUUCGGAGGAUAGUCGCGACCGAUCAUAGCUGGCGCGUCGAUCGGAUCAACGGAGUGAACUAGCCCGUCCGCGACUAACCGCAUCGCGCGCUACCGCGAGUCGCGACAAGUGCCACGCAUCGCGCGACGCGCGGCUCCUCUCUCUGUGUGUGUGUGCCCUUCGUGAUCUUUUUUUUCUUUUUUUCCCUUUUUUACCGCGACACUCCGGGGGCCGGGUGCCGGCAGAGGAGCUCGCGCUUUCUCCUCGCUCGCGAGGACCGUUGUCCAUCCUCGAACACCAUCGACGACGACGACAACACGCUCGAGAGUGAUCGGAGAGAGAGAGAUAGAGUGCGUGACCACGACCGCAUCACGACCGGCCUGCACUUUUCCACGCAAUCUUGCCUCGCGAGUGCACUCGCGACAACGACAACGACGACGGCCACGAGGACGAGGGCAACGAUACGUAGCGGUUCCACGAGGACCGCACCGGUAGACUGGCUGUCGUCGGUCGCCCUCGCGCCCUCGACCUGUUUCGCCCGCGUGUGACAGUGCGCGAGUGCAUAUGCCGGCAACGGACCGUCGCCGAUUUCGACCGGGCGGCCAGUCGCGACGACGGGAGUGCCGUCGACGCGAGUAGCACCCCCGCCGCCCCCCCGGGGUGGCCGGUGGCACACGCGUCAGGAGGACAGAGAGGGUUUCUCGCGCCUCCCCCGUACGCGUACGCGUAAUACGGCGCGCUGGUGAGAAUAGGGCAAGGGGCAAAAGUGUGACACGCGAGAGUGCAACUGCGACUGGGUAGCCCAGGACGGUUCGUAUACCAACGAACGGCGAAUGCCGCGGACUUCUCGGAACGAUGAUCGCGUAGCGGUGCCCGACCCAUCACGGCCCUGAGCGGCCGACACAUCAUGUCACAGUUCUCUUUCCGAGGAUCGCCAAAUCUACAGUGUCCUGUGACUGUGACCUCGUCGUUGGCGCCGUCCUCGGGUUCGCCUGCAACCGGUGCGAUCUUGAGCGCGGGCGGCUCGUCCUUGGUCAGCAGCGUAGCCGCCAGUACGACGACGAAUCAUCCCCUGGACGUAGCCGGUCUGUCGCAAGCGAGGAUGGCGGUGACGAGUGCAAUCGUGAGACCGCCCGGCAGCCCUACUACCUCGGUUAGCCCGUCCCAGGGUCAUCCGCCGCCAUCGGCCGGCGGUCCCACCGCGGCCAGGUGCUGCGAUACCGGUCGGCCGAUCUUCACGGAUCCGCUGACGGGCCAGACCGUCUGCUCCUGCCAGUACGAAUUGCUGGGCGGCUAUCAGCGUCUAGGUGGCCUACCCACGGCCGCGCUCUCCAUGUAUAGCGCGCCGUACGCGGCCGCCGCCGCUGCGGCGGCGUCUGAGGGCAUGUACUUUCCCAGCUUGAGCGCCGAGCAAGCACCUUUCUACUCGCCUACGGCCGCCGGUCUAGAUCUCAAGGAAAAUCUUGGCGCUGGAGCUGCAGCGUGGCCUUAUCCCUCGGUGUAUCACGGUGUAGCACCUUACGAUGCUUUUGCGAGUUAUCCCUUCAACGGUUAUGGUAUGGAUUUAAACGGUGCGAGGCGAAAAAAUGCGACACGGGAAACAACGAGCACGCUGAAAGCGUGGCUAAACGAGCACAAGAAGAAUCCGUAUCCCACGAAAGGCGAAAAGAUCAUGCUGGCUAUUAUUACCAAGAUGACACUGACACAAGUGUCGACGUGGUUCGCGAAUGCGCGGAGGCGCUUGAAAAAAGAAAAUAAAAUGACGUGGGAGCCGAGAAAUCGUGUCGAAGACGAAGAUAACAAUAACGAAGACGAUGACAGCGGGAGGAAGAGCGUCGAUGAGAAAGAUCGGCUAGAUUCGAAAGAUUCAGGUACAGGUUCCAGCGAGGACGGGGAACGACCGGCGCACCGUUUGGACCUACUGCACGGCGGCAGCGGCGGAUCGGCGGGCGUUCAAGGUAGGACCGAGAGCGAGUGGAGCGAGUCGCGAGCGGACAGCGGCCCGGACAGUCCGGAAUGCCUGUACGAUCAGAGGGAGCCGAGGCAUCCACUGCAGCUGCAACAUCCGGCAUAUCUCACCCCGAAUCACGGUCGGCUGUUACGUCAUCCCUCGCCGGAGAGCACGUCACCGAGUAGCCACCAUCUGCCGCCGAGCACUAGCGCGUCGUCCACGGGCAGCGCGGUGACGACGAAGCCGCGGAUCUGGUCGUUGGCAGACAUGGCGAGCAAGGACGGCGAUCAGCAGAAUACGAAUUCAGCCACGAUGACGGGCCUCACGUCACCCUACAGCGGAACGGGCGGGGGUGGCAUUGGCGGUGGCGGCGGUGGCGGUGGCGGUGGUAGUGGCGGCGGCGCUGCAGGGGCCAAGCUCGUGAGCCCCUUGGCCAGUCGAUUACCGCUUCAUCAUCCCCUCCAUCCUAUACAUCCGGGCACGCAGUUUGUAAGACCGCAUCCGGAUCUUUAUAGGAACUUGUACGGCGCGUCCCACCUCGGCUCCGGUGACAUAUCUCUGCUGGAGACGUACUCGAGGACUCUGGGUGGACUGAGCGGCGUGAUACCGCCAUCCACAGCCCCGAGCAUACUCACGUCCUCGUCCUCGUCGAUCUCCGUUGCUGGUAACGUGAAACCUUUCUCGAUUAACGGGGGUAGCGGCGCGACCGUUGGUACCACCGCCGGAUCGACCGUUUUACUGACCACCGCAUCCUCCGGCCUGUCGCCGUCGUCGUCAUCGACGGCAUCGUCGGGCGGGUCCGAUCAGUCGCCCCAUCCGACGGGCGGCGGUCUCCCCGCGACUCAGGAACUCAAAUCUCCCGGGCGGGUGUGACUCGACGUAGCGAACGAUCGCUAAAGAGACGUUUAUCUCGCGAGCGCGCGCUGUGCACCAGCGGGCGUUUUGUGUGGUGUGGCUGACAAUAAUCAGAGACUUACAACCUUGUAAUUAGUGUACAGUAAAACGGGAGAUGAUGAGAUAAUACUGCCCUAACCAACUCCUCGGUCCUAGUCUCUUCCUUCUUUUUUUUUCUUUCUUUUCCAAUGUCAUCGUCGAUAUUCCUUUUAUCUCCCGUCCCUUUUCCCUCCCGCCCUCCCCUCCUUGUUCCAAAUUUAUUUUCCGUUAACGCAAUUGCUCUCGAUGAAAAGGGAAAGUUCGUAGUACCGACUACCCAUAGUGGCUCUAUCGCGGUAUAACCGUACAACAACUAGCGCGUCAACUCGACACAGUACUAUUACACACACAUAUAAAUAUUAUAAAUAUCUAAAGAUAUACGGUAAUAUAAUUAAUAUUAUUUAUGCGUUUGUAAAUAGUAGAGAGAGGCCCAGUAGAGAAAUCGUCCGGCCAGUGUAUGUAUUGUAUGUAGAGUAGACAAUAUAUUACUAGCCUACCUGAGAUCAUAAUUCAUAUUAAUAACGAUUAUUAUUAUUAUUAUUAUUAUUAUGAUUGUUAUUGCAAUGUUUAUAAUAUUAUCGAUUCACGUCGACUCGGUCGAGCAUGACGAGGUAUGGGUCGUUAAUCGCGGCGACAGAUUGCGAGGGAUCGCCGAAGUGUAUAGAGAUUCUUGGAUUGGUCAGUCCUUGGGUCCUCUUCUUGUAAGUAUCUCCUCUCUUAUUUAUUUCGCUAAAAAUUAUUGGCUCGUGAUAAUUUUUUUCGCAAGAAUGCGGAUAAAGGCUGCCGAAUCGCGAAUCGAUGUGCUUUCCGUCGACUCGCAAAAAUUUAUGACGUCGCUCGCAAUCUGCUGCGAAUACUGAAUUCCGUCGCGUCCCGUCGUCGUUGCGUAGAAAAGGAACGUUCUAAGUUACACGAAGGUGAAGCCACGGGCACAACGGCUGUCAACAUAUCAUGUCAUGUCGAGAGUGAACGAUCGCCAUCACCUUUUAGUCAUUCGUGUCCAAAAUUUCACGCGAACUCGCUGAUGUCACAGUGACACGUGACACCAACGCAGACUGUGUCCUUUCGCAAUAAACGAAUCAUUACGGAAAACAAA